AUGAAGCUUGUACACACCGCCACACUGCAAAUAUGCGCUUUCAGCUAUCCACCUCCGGUGCAAUACGCCGUCCUCUCUCACACCUGGUCAUCGCCCCAGGACAACGAGAGCAAUUCUUCACGGGAAGAGAUAGUCCGCAAGGUCUGUCACUUGGCGAGGGUGCAUGAGUUGGACUUCGUUUGGAUCGACGCACUUUGCAUCGACAAAUCAUCAAGUGCAGAUGUGUCUACGACCAUCAACCUGCUACCUAAAUAUCUUGAACGAGCUGCGAUUUGUUUCGCAUUUCUUGGUGAUCUACCCUGCAGGGUUUCUGCUCCAUGCAGAGUAACGUGGGCGCAAUGCCGAUUCUGGAGGCGGACGUGGACGCUGCAAGAGCUGGUUCUCCCAUCCAGAGUCCAGUUUUACGAUGCUUCAUGGCAUUUGAGAGGCGGGCACACGUCGCAAAACCUCCAUCCCCUCAUCUCUGGCAUAACAGGCAUCGAUGAGGAUGUCCUCUGUCACCAACGAAGCCUGCAGCAUACUUCUGUUGCUCGAAAAAUGUCGUGGGCUGCGUUCAAAGAAGCUUCGAAUCCUGAAGAUCUAGUGUAUUCUCUCCUAGGCCUUUUUUACGUCCGUAUGCCAACUAUAUACGGCGAGGGCAAGAGCAGAGCUUUCCGUCGUCUCCAGGAAGAGAUCCUCCGACACACCAACGACUCAACACUGUUUGCUUGGACAAGCACGGUUGAGGAGGACAACCGAGGGGCUUUUGCAAAUUCGCCUGACGAGUUCCUAUCUUUCGGCCGGACAACACAAGCACGUGUACCAAUUCACUUCGAAGGAUUCGCCAUCCCAACAAGUCGAGGCAUAAUAAUAUCGGGUCCGGUUUUGGACCAACCUCAAGGCACCUUGCUCUAUCUCGGCCCUGAAAAUGGCCACGGUCAAGGCGAAAUUGAGCUUCAUCAUGGUAUCUUGUUGAGAUCCAGACCAGAUGAGACCUUCGGUCGCAUUUCCACCAGUCAGGUCAAAACAUUGCCUUUGGCAAGCACAGCUACCACGAUGCAGCUUACCUUGUUCAGUGGUCAUGACGAGAAAGACAAGGCGCCUGAAUUUGACGCCAAUACAAGGUCUCUUGUCAGCACGGAGUUUGAAGCCGGCUUGUUCAACCUUCACCCGACGAUUUCAUCAUCCGAACGCGAAGUCGCAAGUGGGCAUAACGGAUCAACGUGGCAGGUUGCUCAGAACCAAGCUAGACGAGACGACAGAGACUGGGAGAACGUUUCAAGCAAGACCUCAAACACGCUACAAUCUCACGAUACGGGCGAUGAAUACCAGUCAGUCUGCACGUCCCGAUACCCCGACUAUGACUGGGAUCAAGCAGCGUCUAUUGCGUCUACCCCAGCCACAAUGGAUUCCCUUUCUGAUUCAGGGGUGACCCGUGACAAUUACUACCAUCGGAUUCUUCAGAGCAACUCAAAUAUGGUCAUAGCACCUUUGGCUCUACCGGGAAAGAUCUUGGGGACGCGCUCAGGUGGUGUUGUGGACACUGCCAAAGAGCAUCUUGCAGCACGUCUUUUGGACACUUUCAGUUCCUCUAGAUAUAGCAUGGUCACCCCAUUUCCCAUCUCCUUGCGUCGGAGAAAGGGGCCGAAGGGAGCUAAACGCCGUUCCAACAGAACUCGGAUGUUGGCUCACAAACUCUACAAAGGAUUGCUAGAACUGGCAUGUCCUUUCUUCCAACGAAAUCCUGACAGAAACCCCACCUGUCUCGAGCACGAGCUCAAGAACAUGUGCGAUGUCCGAGAUCAUGUCUGGAAGCAUCACCGCCUCCCUCCUUACUGUCCAACAUGCAAAAUGAGUUUCACGUUAGCAAUCGAGAGGGAUAGACACAUUGUCCAACGAGCAUGUCAGCUUCAAGACAAUUUUCCCUAUGAAGGUGUUUCUGAAGACCAGAAACAGCUCAUUUCUCGGACACGAACGUCCCACGGCGAAAGAACACAGUGGCUUCUCAUAUGGGACAUCCUAUUUCCAAAAGACCAUUACCCGUCUUCGCCGUAUCUUCGGACGGGAAUCGGUCUAAAGAUCUCUCAGCUUCGAACUUUCUGGCACAAACACGGUUUGGAGCUGCUUUGGGAUCCCCGAAGUGAAACGUUUCCGCACGAUGUUUUGCAUGAUGAGCAAGAUUUGCAUCAGUUGUCAUCGGAUGUUCUAGCCCGAGCUAUUCAAGCUUUAUCGGCAGAAUAUCGACAGGAUUCAUCGAUACGUUUGGUCGUAGAUUAG